AUGUCUUUCGGUUUUGGUGGGAAUGGUUUGAAUCACGCCGUUAAGAGACGUUUGGAAGACGAAGACGACGACGAUCAAUGCACCGUCAAGCAACAACAAUUAAAACCACCUACUAACACGGGUCACUUACAACAACAACAACAACCAUCCUUACCAUCUAUCACCUAUGCAUCGCCUGAUUAUCGACCCGCUGUACAACCAAAUGCCUUAUGGCUACAACCUCCACCAACUAUGACGAUGGAUGAGAAUAUGACCGAUGAGGACGAUAAUACAACUGUACCAACGCCAUCUUCAUCUUCUUCGUCUCAACAACACUUCAAUCACAAAUCCAUCUCUUCCAUGUUUACAGCGACAGCAGGCUCGUCGUUUGAACAACACCAUUCGCAUGCUUAG